ACAAUCUGCUCUCUCGCUCCACACAUCACUGGCCUUACCUCCACAUCAUCAUGUCCGACGAAGAAGUGUUGGACUUUGGUCUUUUCGAAGAACCGAAUGAUUUCCGCCCUCCCCCACCAGCUGCGCACUUUGUCACCUACGACAGGGUCUUGAAGGACGCGUCCCCAGCGCAAAUCCCCCUCCGCCUUGUGGGGACCUCCCCGCUAUGGGGUCACUUGUUGUGGAACGCCGGGAAGUACACUGCUAACUAUAUCGACGAACACGUGGAAUUAUCCAAGGGCAAAAAGGUCUUGGAGUUGGGUGCGGCGGCCGCUUUGCCGUCCUUAGUGUGUGGCUUGAACGGCGCCGCCAAGGUGGUGUGCACCGACUACCCAGACCCAGACUUGAUUGCCAACAUCCAGUACAACGUGGAUCACUGCGAGGGAUUGACUCUGGAGAAGGUGGUGGUCAAGGGCUAUAUCUGGGGGAACGACACCGCCGAGUUAACCUCUGAGAUCAACGAUGAAAAGUUCGACCUCAUCAUCUUGUCCGACUUGGUCUUCAACCAUACAGAGCACUUGAAACUUUUGCAGACCUGCAAGGAUUGUCUUUCCCCUGAUGGAAAGUUGUUUGUUGUGUUCUCGCCUCACAGACCAUGGCUCCUCGAGAACGACUUGGAGUUCUUCGAGACCGCCAAGGACUACGGCUUCAGAUCCGAAAAGAACGACUUGGUGGUGUGGAAGCCGAUGUUUGAGGAGGACGACGAGACUGCGGAAAUUAGAGCAAGGGUCUACUCGUUCUUCUUGUACCCAGAAUGGUAGAAAGUGUAAGAUAGGUUCAAUAAAAGAGUUAAAUAGGA